ACGCAAAUGAAGAAGAAAAAUACGUAGAAGGAGAAGAAGAACGAGGAGGACCAUCCUACGUUUACGCCCCCCUCCGUGAACAGCAGAGGAUCCAUUUUGUUUGAUUAUUUUUGCGGGUCACUCUCUACAUCCUGCAAGGAAAACAUCACCACCAGCACCACCUCAAACGUAGCGCCGCCUCCUCCUCCUCCUCCUGCUCCUCCUCCUCCUCCUCCUGCUGCUGCUGCUGCUGCUGCUCCCCCAAGACGACAUCAACAAUGAGCGGAUGUCGUAUUUUCAUCGGCCGGCUGAGUCCCUCUGCCAGAGAGAAGGACGUGGAGAGAUUCUUCAAAGGAUACGGCCGCAUCCGAGACAUCGACCUCAAGAGAGGCUUCGGCUUUGUGGAGUUUGAGGACCCCAGAGACGCUGAAGAUGCUGUUUAUGAGCUCGAUGGCAAAGAGCUGUGCAGUGAAAGGGUCACUAUUGAGCACGCCCGCGUCCGUCUGCGCGGCGGCCGUGGCAGAGGCGCUGGAGUCGGGGGUGGAGGCGGAGGCGGAGGUGCAGGAGGACGUUUCCCUGAUCGCUUUGGCCGCGGCUCCCAGAACAGUCGGAGCCGAAAUCCUCCUCCGAUGCGCACUGAGAACCGCCUGAUCGUAGAGAAUUUGUCCUCUCGAGUCAGCUGGCAGGACCUGAAAGAUUUCAUGAGACAAGCUGGAGAGGUGACAUUUGCAGACGCACAUCGGCCCAAGCUCAACGAAGGGGUCGUUGAGUUUGCUUCUGGCAGCGAUCUGAAAAAUGCCAUGGACAAAUUGUCUGGAAAAGAAAUCAAUGGCAGGAAAAUCAAGCUCAUUGAGGCAACCAGGAAGAGGUCGAGAAGUCGUUCCCGUUCUGACAGCUCCUCUCGCUCCCGGUCCCGCUCUCGUGGUCGCUCGGCGUCUCGCUCCCCAAGGCGUUCCCGGAGCCCCCCCCACAAGCCCCACAACCGCUCCCAUUCUCGCUCCCACUCCCGUUCCCGGUCCCGCUCUCGCUCCCACUCCCGGUCCCGGUCCCACUCCCCCAGCAGGUCCCCGGUCGGCGGCUCGUUGUCUCCGGGCUCCAAGUCCAAGGAGGCCGCCAAACGGUUGUCCAAGACGAGCAAAUCCGCCACCCCGCCGUCCCCUCCGCCCGCCCAGAGAGCCUCCCGCUCCCGCUCCCGUUCUCGCUCCCCUUCUACCGACAGCCAGCGCUAAGCGCUGCGCUGCCGUUAAAUGGAAAUCAGCAGCAGAAUCAACUUGAUUUAAGCCGGAUCUGGAACUUCCGUGACCACGCAGACACAAGCUUUUUGUUUCUGUGUGGAUUCUCAUAAUGAUCCUGAAGCUUUUCACGUUUUAAAACACACACACAUUGUCAGACAGGAACUAUUAUAUUCAUUCAUAUAUUUGCUAUUAUAGGGCGUUAAAGUUAAAUACCAUGAACGGAAGAUAUUUGUUCCACGGUCAUUUGCCCUGUGUGUGUGUUUACUCCCAGUUCAUCCAUCGUCUCACAAAAGCUCAAGUGAACCAGCGCCAAGUUUCCCCGUUAUUGGCUCCGUAAAGAGGGAAUCUGUAUUUUUUUUUUGUUGGGCAGAACUACAAUGCUUUUGAUACGUUGUGUGACCACUUUCUUUUUAUCGCAAUCUGUUUUGUUUUUUGCUUUGUGCUUCGUUUGCGAUCUUUUUAUCAAUUUCCAAGUUUUGUCUUUUUUUUGUAGUCUCAACAGCGCGUGUGUGCGUGUGCGUGUGUGUGUGUGUGUGUGUGUGUGUACCUGAGGAUGCCUGCACGUGGUUUUCGUUUGAUCAAACUUUCGAGUUGUACUAUUGGCAGUAUCAAGAACACUGUACAGAUGUGCACAGACAGCACAGUUAAACAGCUGUACAGUAAAUCACUGUUAAUCUUAUUGAUUUGACAUUUUUUUGUCUUUGACUGUUUAACUUUUAUUUUGUUGUAAAAUCUUGAAUAUGAGGUCAACGCAUACAAAUUAUUUAAAAAAUGCAGUUUAUUCUAGCAUUGUAAUUACAAUUUGUAUUUUUUUUGUUUAGAUUUGUGUACAGCAUUGCUGACUUUUGUUUCUACAUAAGUGUAUAAUGUAAUUCCAAGAAUGCAUGUAGGUACCGUGUCUGUUACUGUGGUUUAAAUGAACAUGUAGACAAGAGGUAAGGAAAUAAAUGCAACCUUUUUGUA